AUGGUUCGGCUGGUUCGACUUCUUCGGUACAUGCCUGAAGUCAUCAUCCUAGUGAAAGGUUCGGUCUUCUUCACACUGUGCAUGCUCGGGCUCCUGAUCUAUGUGUACGGCAUAGCCUUCAAGCAUCUUUGCAAGGACUCCUUUGCAGUGCUUUGUGUCUAUUUUCAGACUUUGUCACAAUCUAUGUUUACCCUCUUCUACAGUGGAUGCUUUUUUGAUGGCAUUUCUAUGCUUGCCGAGAUGAUGUUUGCAGAAAGCUUUAUCUUUGGCAUUUUGCUGAUGAGCUUCCUUUUGUUGGCUCCUUUGACCGUUAUGAACAUGCUCGUUGGAGUCCUGGUCCAGGUCUUACAGGUGCUCUCGCAGGUGGAGAAUGAUGCGAUCACAACUGCCUUCCUCCACGAGCAGACCCGAAAGAUUUUCGCGGCCAUGGACCUCAACAAUGAUGGAAAUGUAGACGUGGAGGAAUUUGCCAAACUGGUGAAGCAACCGAACAUGGUGAUCCUUGGGCGGUUGGGCUUGGAUGAGUUUGUGACGCAGAUUCAAGCUUUCCGACGCACAAAUCAGGUCACCAUCAAGGACUUGCUCCAGUUCAGGCUAAUGGUGCGAAAAGACACAGAAGAGGUGCUAAGAGCUCAAAAUAAAACGCUGCAGAAAUCUGUGAGGAGAGCCAAUAAAUUUAACCGGUUGAAAUGA